GGCGCGCGAGUUAACAGCGCGCGCUUCUUCGUUAUUUUUCCCUGAUGACGUUGCUGUGAUUCUGUCUUUCAGAGCAUUUAGACGUUAGGAAAGUUACAGCAAUGGGAAAACAUGUUGUUUCCUUGGUGCUUUUAUGGGUGUCGCUUUUAUUGUCGUGUGUGUGUAGCUUCUCCUUUGGCUCGGAAAUCAAUUUUGUCACGUGCGGCUCGGUGGUGAAGCUGCUGAACGUUAAACACAACGUCAGACUGCAUUCUCAUGACGUGCGCUACGGCUCCGGUAGCGGCCAGCAGUCGGUGACUGGAGUGACCACAGUGGAAGACAGCAACAGUUACUGGAGCGUGCGCGGCACCAGUGGGGCGGGUUGCCAUCGAGGGACUCCAGUCAGAUGCGGCCAGAACAUCAGGCUCACACACGUGAACACGGGCCGAAAUCUGCACAGCCACUACUUCACAUCUCCGCUGUCGUCCAACCAGGAAGUCAGUGCCUUUGGAGAGGAUGGUGAAGGUGACCAUCUGGAUGAGUGGACUGUAUUAUGCGGGGGUUCUGUAUGGCAGCGUGAUGACUUGGUGCGUUUCCAGCACACUGCCACUGAAGCGCUGCUGUCAGUGACGGGCGAGCAGUACGGCAGGCCCAUCCACGGCCAGAGAGAAGUGCACGCGAUGACCAGCAGCAGCCAGCACAGCUACUGGAAAGCCAUGGAGGGUGUUUUCAUGAAACCCAGUGAAACGGGACCCAAAGACUUCAGCAGUCCAACACACACUGAGUUCUGACUGCAUUCACUCCAGCAAGCGUCUGUCUUACAGCACAGUGCGUUCAUGUUCUGUCUUCAAUUUUGUUACAAAAAUCUCAUGCAAAAGGAUCUUACAUCCACUCUUACAAUGUGACGAAUCACAUUACUUUGCACAGUGAUGUGAAGAGCACAGAGACUUCAUACUAAACGUUUUUUUUUUUUUCCACGAGUACGAUUUAAUUCAGCCUUAUUUAAUACCUCUAAAUAAGUUGGAAAUUUAGAGAGUUUAUCAGCAGCAGUAAAUAAUGAUAGCACAGUGUGUAGCACCUUGGAAAUGGAUGCGCACAUGAACAUAUUUGCCAUAUGUACAGUUGAGUGCAAAAGUUUGCAUACUCUUAGGACAAAACGAAGAAGACAAUUGUAAAUGUGUGGAAGUCUGGGAAAAGCCUUCACAUAUCACUGCCAAAAAACUAAAAAGCAACUUUCGGCCAAAAUUAGUUUUUCUGCCAAAGGCGUGGUUUAUACUUGAUGUGUGACAUUUUGAGCGGCAUUGUUCACAUACAUUUUAAAAGCGACAUCCACUAGAUGGCACAUCAGAGCCAAAACAUUCUUGUCCAUCAGGGGCCUCUUUAUCAGCCGUGCGUAUGCAUAGUUUUGUGUGUACACUGUGUGUAAGAACGUUUCUGUGCCUUGAAUGGAAUUUACCAAGUUUUGCUCAUGCGUGAGGAUGCGCGUAUAUUUCCACACACUCCUGACCAUACGUAUGAAGAACUUUUCAAGUGGUAGAACAGUGUAAUAGCUGGUAAACUGACUAUGCUGAGCUUCUAUAUCACAUAGUGUAUGUCAUAUCAGCAUAACUGAGAGAGGCUGUGCACAAGCACAUCAGUGUAGAAUGUGUGGGAUUAAUCAAUUGCCAUUGAAAUAAGCUUUGCGUAUGUCCAUUUUUCAAAUACCAAUUUUCUUGUGUGCAUGGGCAGCUAUUAUGCACAAAUUUAGUACUUGUUUUAUGCACACCCCAGGUUUCCAAGUUGAACUGUAAACCCUUCAGCAAUUUCAUGUACAGCGAUGUUAAACACACUGAGCUCUACCUCUUAAAACUUUCCGCCGUCGUCGUGAUUGCUGUCAUUAUCUGAGUCUCAAUUCGAAAACUUUGACCUUACAUUCAAAAGUAUUUACUAAUCUCGAAAAUCCACAAGACUGGUGCACAAAACAGACCUAUCAGCAGGGUUGAAGGCUUCAUGAAAGGUUAUUAAAAUUCAAACACUAAUCAUAAUAAGUAAAGCCAUUAGUGUUAGUACUCAAUAACUGUCUUUAAUCAUGCAUAAGUAUGUGAUUUGAGACACAACCUUAGUUUGUUUAGUCAUUCACAGACACAGUGUCACAUGGUGCUCUACUGACUAUGUUGGUAUUGCACCACGUCGGACACGUAGAGUUAAUUUCUGAGGACAUGCAAAAGUGACACUCCAUAGGACACGCAUGGCAGCCAUUUUGUGUUCGUGUAUGCAUAGCAAGUAUAAGCCAAGUUUAUAACAUACUCUGACACCUCAGCUUUAAGGAACUAUAAAUAUAUUUCUCCAAAAUGACCAUUUCAUUUGACAUUUUCUUUUUUUUUUGUGGAUAAUUUGUAAAAUGAACAUCCAGAAACCAUGUUUAGGGGAUGCAAACAUUUGCACACAACUGUAUAUAUUUUCCCACUUAAAAGAUUUAGCAUGUGUUUACUUCUGAAAGGAUGCUAGAUUUUACGAGGCAGUGCAUUUUUACAGUGCAGUAUUAUUAAUAUAUUUUCCCUUCAUGCCUUUACCUCUCACACAAGAAACACUAGAGAAUAGCUGCCUUAUAUUAGCAUUGCAGUAUUAUUCAUUUUAUUGUGGAAUGGUUAAAGUUUUUAUAGUAUUUUUCAAGCUGUCUGGCGCACAAAAUUCAGUAUUAUAAUGAGUUCUUUCUUUGAAAAAACCCAACACUUGAGGUGUAAUAAAUAAGAAAACAACCGACAGCUGAGGGAUUGAGCAUGGUUCAUCAGUGCAUUUUAAAUCGGAGUUAUUUAAUUAGAUUAGUAGUAGACAAUACAAUGUUCGCUUUGUAAUUUCUCUAUAAUACAGACAGAAACAAUACAACAAGUAUUUUUCCCCACACAAUUCUAGAAACACCAGAAAUGAAUCACUAUCCUCUGAGCUAGAAAUUGUCCUAUUCAAUAGUUCUGUUCAUUUUCUAUUUGGUUUAAGAUUACACAAAUUUUAAACCAGAAAAAUAAAAAACCUCUCAGUGCUAGAAAUGUAGUCAGCAUUGUUUUGUAUUCAUUAGUCACUUUGUAGUAUUGAGUGAAUUGCAAUUUAAAUCAAACAGACUAAAUACUGCAUAUGUGAAACUACCCUAACAACACUAAAACUGUUUCACAUAUGCACAUUGUUACUACAUUGCUACAACAAGAAGCUCUUUUUUUUAAAGCAAGUACACUAAUAUAAUAAAUAUUGAUGAAUGUACUGUAGUCCAAGUUGAAAAAGACUUAAAGAAAGCAUUGCUACAGUCUUCCCUUAAUAAAAGUUUGCCAUCAUAAAUCAUUGCUUUAUCAUCCUGCCUUAUAUAAAAAAUACUUCACUCACUGACUGGACAAGGUUGCUCGAGAUUAAUUUGGAUCCAUAUGUUAAUUUUUUUCCCUUUUCUUUUUUCAAAGAAUGUGUUACUCACAUGGGCACUUGAAAGGAAAGCCAUAUUUACAAUCUCUGUUAUUAAAUUGUUUCCUGUUCCAAGCUGUUACUCCAACAUGAAGCCAUGGAAAAAUUUGUAUAUAUUAAUGUUAAUAUAUUAGUGUAUAUACAGUCAGCUUCAAUAUUAUUCCCUUGUUCCCUUCACUCAGGUCAAAGAGUAAACACGCUUCAGUUACAUUUUGCUCCCAAGAAUUUUUAAGAGUGCCAAUAAUUGUCGUAUGUGGUUUUAAAAAUAUUUUAAUACAUUUGUUUUCAAAUGUAUUAACCUUUUUACUUAACAUGUAUACACAAAUUUAUUUCAGUUACAACUUAAAUUUCUCAUGUUGUCAGUGUGAAAUUAUGCUAAUUAACCACAAAAAAGGAAGACAAACUAUUUUAGACAUUUUUGUAGCCUUUUUUAAACCCACCUUUACCAAGAGUGCCAAUAAUUCUGGAGCUGACUGUAUUAGGGCACUGGUACUAAAUUUUGUAACAUGUAUUGCUGGAUUUACACAUGGUGCAAUUAAGACAUGCUUAAAGACAUGAUUUUAAAGGACAGUUUUGAA